UCCCCAUUCUCUCUUCUUCUCCGUAAGCAGAGAAAUAAUGGAGAGUGACCAGAGCUCGUCGUUAAGCUCACCAUUGAUUCACAUAUCUGCGGAAGGAGUGAGUUCCAAUGGCGAUACACGAUUAAACGAUAAUAACUUCACAAGGAAACAAAUAGCCGAGGAAGUAAAGAAGCAGCUAUGGCUAGCAGGGCCUCUCAUAUCGGUCAGUAUUCUCCAAUACUGUUUGCAGAUGAUCUCCGUCAUGUUUGUAGGCCAUCUCGGCGAAUUACCUCUCUCCGGUGCUUCCAUGGCCACUUCUUUUGCUUCCGUGACUGGUUUCAGCCUGUUGAUGGGAAUGGCUAGUGCCCUGGAUACAUUUUGUGGCCAAUCUUAUGGCGCAAAGCAGUAUCACAUGUUGGGUAUCCAUCUGCAAAGAGCAAUGUUUGUUCUCUUACUUGUGAGCGUACCUCUUGCAGUAAUUUGGGCUAACACAGGGGAAAUCCUGAAAUUCCUUGGCCAAGAUGCUCAAAUUUCAGCAGAAGCUGGGAAAUAUGCUCUUUGUAUGAUACCAAGCCUUUUUGCAUUUGGUCUCCUUCAAUGCCUAAACAGAUUCUUACAGACCCAAAACAUUGUUUUCCCUAUGAUGGUGAGUUCUGGAAUAGCAGCUUUGCUUCACAUCCUCAUAUGUUGGAUUCUGAUAUUCAAAACCGGACUCGAAAUUCGAGGAGCGGCCUUGGCGAACGCCAUCUCUUAUUGGCUCAAUGUGUUGAUGUUGAUACUUUACGUUAAGUUUUCUUCGUCAUGUUCCAAGUCUUGGACAGGUUUUUCGAUGCAGGCUUUUCACAAUAUCCCAUAUUUCCUUAAACUUGCAAUUCCUUCAGCUCUCAUGGUUUGCCUGGAAAUGUGGUCAUUUGAGUUGAUAGUUCUUCUAUCUGGGCUUCUGCCAAAUCCACAAUUAGAGACGUCAGUGCUUUCUAUUAGCCUUAAUACAGCUGCAACAGUUUGGAUGAUCCCAUUUGGUUUAAGUGGUGCAGGAAGCACGCGAAUCUCAAAUGAACUAGGAGCUGGCCAUCCCGCAGCAGCAAAGCUAGCAGGGCGUGUAGUUAUGACAAUGGCCAUUAUUGAAGGGCUACUACUUGGAACUAUCUUGAUUCUUAUACGUAAUGUUUGGGGCUAUGCUUACAGCGAUGAACAAGAGGUGGUCGAAUAUGUAGCAAGCAUGCUUCCUAUAAUUGCAGUGUCCAAUUUUAUCGAUGGACUUCAAUGUGUUCUUUCAGGUAUUGCUAGAGGAUGUGGUUGGCAGAAGAUUGGUGCAUUUGUGAAUCUUGGUUCAUAUUAUCUUGUGGGAAUCCCAUCUGCAGUUCUGCUUGCCUUUGUCUUGCACAUUGGUGGAAGGGGGCUGUGGUUCGGCAACAUUUGUGCACUCGUUGUCCAAACACUUUCUCUUGCUAUCAUUACCAUUCGCUCCAACUGGGACCAAGAAGCAAAGCUAGCUUCAGAACGAGUUCACGAUGCAAUAAUUCCAACCAAUGUCGUUUCGUGAAACUAGAGUUUCUUCGUGGAUAAGCUUUGUAAUCGAUAUCUCGAUGUGAAGUUACUUUCUUUUGAAAACCAAUGAAUAGUGGACGUCGAGCUCCAAGGCUUCGCUUUUGCAGUAGGGCUCAUGGACAACAACUAGUUAAAGAUUGUUUCCCUUGAAGUUAGAUUUCUCAGUUUCCUUCUGUUUGGAUAUCAUUCUAGCUUACCCAUUAGGUGCAGUUUAUAUUUGAAUUCAAUAGUUCAAUUUUACUUUGUUUGUAUAUUGAAUAGCUCAUUAGAAAUCGAAGGCAGAGAUAACAGCCAACAAGAGCUUAGAUUAACGGUAAUUGACACCUGUUUCAGAUUAAGAGACCA